AUGGCUCCUCGGACCCAGCAUACAACAUGGUCACGGGCCUGGCGCGGGUAUGCCGCUCGGAAAGAGGAAGAGCACCAGUUUCUCCGCGUCGGGCUGACGAGUGAGCCCGCCAACACGCCCUCCGAGGUAGAGGUCCGGGUCCACGCCGUCAGACUGAACUUCAAGGACUGCCUUAUUGCGCUGGGGCCCGCCGACACCUUGGGUAACGAGUGCGCGGGCGUGGUGACGCGCGUGGGGCCCGCCUGCUCCCCGGACAAGGUCCGGGUCGAGGACCGCGUCUGCAUGUCCACGGUCGAGGCGUUCAAGACCUAUGCCCGCAGCAAGGUCCAAUGCGUGUGUCGCCUGCCGGAGGCCAUGAGCUCGGACGGCUGA